AUGGCUGCCAACGUCGAGGAUUUCAAGAAGCGUCUGGACGAGCAAGACCUGCAUAUCCGAGAAUCCUGGGUCGCCGCCAUGAAGGCCCGGAUCGUACGAGGAGAGUUGAUCAAGUGUCAGCGGGGCGAGGGGGUCAACCAUUACAAGCACUGUCGGGACUUGGCCGAGAUGUACACGGGGAUGAUCCGGGAGAACAAGGUCAAGGGCUACAAGAUCAUCGACACCGAGUAG